AAUUCUUUUACCUCCCCAAGAUGCCUAAAUGCGGCUUCCUUCAGUGCCCAAACGAGAUAAUCUUUCAAAUCGGCAGCUAUCUAGGACUGAAACAUAUAUACGCCCUAUUACAAACAUCGCACGACUUGCAUGAUGCUCUGCGUAAUCUGUUCUAUGAUCGCGUAGCUGAUUACUGCAGGGCUGAUGAACUUACCAUGCUGGAAUGGGCCGCACAGGAGGGCUACCUGAAUGUGAUCCGGGAACUACAAUCACGAGGACGAGAAAAAACCGUUAUGUGCGGAUCGAAGGAUGUAGCCAUAUGCCUAGCUGCAGCCAACGGCCACUUAUCUUGCAUUGAGCCCUUAAUCGCCAUGGGUGCAGAGGUAUCGCAGUACCCUUAUAACCACCAUGUUCAACGCUAUUCACCAUUAAUGUGGGCUGCCAAAAACGGUAACCUAGCGAUGGUGAAACUUCUUAUCUCCAAAGGCGCAAGGACAGAUACUAGGAGUCCUCAAUACUUGACGGCCCUGGAAUAUGCGCUAAUAUAUCACCAUGGUUCAUGUGUGAGAUAUAUCCUUGAAAAGAGCUCAGGAGCCGAGCUCUCAACUUACUUGAACAGAGCGGCGAGGUCAAAUCAUCUAAGUUUCGUACAGCAGCUGCUUGAUAAAGGAGCAGAUAUAGAUGCCAAAGACGAGCAGGAUGGGAAAACUGUUGUGCAGUAUGCAGUACUGAGUUAUAACUGCAAGUGUCUACGAAUACUCUUCGCAUACGGUGAGCGCCAUAGACCGGAGAUCCUGUUGCAUAUCUCGAUAAUAAACGGAGAUGAAGGUAUCCUGCGGCGCGCAUUGCACCUCGGGGCCAAUCCAUUGGAAACUAAAUACGCUGGAAAUACAGCGUAUCAAGAGGCAGUUAUAAAUAGGCAACGCGGGAUUCUAAGAGCAUUACUUAAAUACUCUGUUGAGCACCACGCGACUAACAAAAACAUCGCCCUAUACUACGCAGCACAUGUGGGGGAUGAUGAGAUUGUUCGGUUACUGCUAGCCAAGGGAGCCAACGCUUCCGCACCAGAUAAAGCAGGAUUCAGACCUUUGCACUAUGCUGUAGGGGCCUGGUCGAAGCAUUUCGAUGACCGCUAUUAUCUGAUUGAGAACCGUUUAAGAAUAAUCAGAAUGCUCCUGGAGAAAGGCGCUCGGGUCUCGGAUGCCAAUCACCGUGGGUAUACUGCACUGAAAUACGCAAAGUCUUGGAGCUGUACGAGAAUCAUAAGGCUUUUGGAGCAGAAAGAGGAUGAAGAGUCAUAUGUUUCUUGAUGACUGUGCCAGUGUUCUUGUAAAACAGCUCGCUUCUGAAAAUGCACUCGUAUUCGUGGGAUAAAAUAUAGCUAAUUACUGGCUUAAUAUACGUUAUUUUGUCU